AGAGGGGCACCCGGAGCACACCUCAUCCGACCGUUGCUUUGGUGUGGUGACCCGCGUGGUUGUCCUGUUUGGUCUAAGGGGAAGCUUGCUCUCUCCUGGCUGCCAGCCGUCCCCUCUUGUCGCAAGAACACAGGCGAUUGGGUGUCCGACCGACGGCAGUGCCUUCUGUAAGAUUCCGGAUGUUCUGACGACGUGACUGGGGAGACACGCCAGAACACCCAUCAUGUCGCACAAAUAUGUUUCCAACAAAGCUGUCUUAAAGGACAAAGGGUUCCUUUCGAAGCUCGGCUCAACCCUGAUGGGCCGAUCCAACCCGGACCCGUACGUCGACGUGAAGGUACAGUCAUCCAUCACCUGGCGCAAGACAUCUGAUGUAAAGGCGCGAAUCAAGACCGCCACGGGCACAAUACCUGUGUAUGAUGACCUCGGCGAGGAAGAGAUGGCUGUCCUUCAGGCGGAGGCCCUGGCAGCCGCUGGAGGAUCGGCCCCCUCGUUCUCUGGGCCCGCGGCCGUGGCAGUGCAGACUGCUGCCCUGACGGCAGGAUUCGGGCAAGAGGAAACAACACAAACGGCAACGACCGUUGCGACUUACCUGGUGAAGGAGGAGUACAGCCCCGAGGACUCCGAGGGGCUUGCCGCCGUGUCGGGACAGAAGCUGAUCCUCGUUGACAAAUCCAGCCCGAACAAACGCCCAAGACUCGAGGGAGAUGAGGCCGGCACGCAGCUCCUGGACAACUCCGCGGCUCGUCACAAGAUGGCGAUCCGACCCAAAAGAAACCAUCCUGACCCCCGCUCACGCGCCCACGACUCCAACGAGGAGAGAUGGCUGAUGCGAGACCAAGAAUCAGGAAAGGAGGGCCUAGUUCCCUCUCGUAUCCUGGAGCUGCACAGCGAAUUCACCACCAGCAUGAUCGCCAGCCUGAAACGAUCUGUGCAGCAAAUCGCCAUGGAAGAGACGGCAGAAGUGAAGAAGAACCUCAUGAAGGAGAUCCGAGAAUACAAGUCCCGCAAGAGCUCUAGCAAGCUGCUUGGACCCUCACCUGAGGACGAAGCCAGAGCCAAGAGAGCAGCGACCAUCCGAGAGCUGAUCGAGACGGAGGAGGAGUUCGUCCGCGACCUGGAGUUCGUAAUGGAGAACUACUAUAGCCUCAUGGACAAGAACACGACGCCGCGCAAUGUCCGGGACCACAAGGAGCUCAUCUUUAACAACUUCAAAUUUAUCGCAGAUUUCCACAAGAACGUCCUGAUCGAAGGAGUUAAGUACAACGUCGAGAGUAUAGUCAGAAGCUCGGGGACGACAAGCGUCUCCAGGAGCACCUGAAGCUUCCCAUUCAGCGGCUCAACGACUACCAGCUCCUGAUCAGGGAGCUGGUCAAGUACAGCACUCGCCUGGGCGACGACCCCACCGACCUCCAGCGUGCAUUUGAGUUGAUGCAAACGAUCCCCCAGCGGGCCACCGACGCUAAGUUCAUCAGCUCCAUUGAAGGCUUCAAGGGAAAUCUCUUCAAACUUGGCAGGCUUCUUAGACACGACUGGUUCAGCGUGAAGGAAGCUGGCCAAAAGGCUCGAGAUCGCUAUCUGUUUCUGUUCAAGGCGCGAAUCCUCAUCACAAAGGUCAAGCGGAUAUCCGAAGACCGCUCCAUCUUCAUCCUCAAAGACAUAAUCCGACUUCCAGAAACCUCUCUUGGAAGUUUGGACAACCCGAAGGCAAUCGAGUUCUUCCACAUCGAAUCCCUGACCCAUCCCAACUACCCGAUCUUCAUCGAGGCUAGAACGCCAGAAAUCCGUGAAGCCUGGCUGGCUGGUAUCGGAGAGUACGUCGUCGACACAGCAUCGGUCGAAGACCUCUUGUUUGACGACGAACUCCGCGUUGUCUCUCAGGACGUAGACGAGGACGACGCUGGUGUUGUCUCACCCGUCCCCGAAGUUCAGGAAUUCGAAGACCUUCCUGAAGACGGCGAAGCCGCUGAAGCUCUUCCAGAGCAGGAAGACUUUUGGGCGAGAGAACCAUCUCCUCCCGCUAAAAGGCAAAAGCCAGAGGUUGUACCCGAGGAAAUAGCUGAGCUAGACUUUUGGGCACAGAAAGAACCCACCCCUCCGAGGAGAAAGCCAGUCCCUGAGCUCGCUCCCGCCGAGGAGGCUGCUCCAGAGCAGGUAGAGGAAUCCACUCCUGUAGCAGAGCAGGAAAAGGCAUCAGCUGAACAGGCUUCAUUCAUUCCUCAGGAACCCUCCCCAUCCGUACAGCAGACACCGAAGGACAAACCUGAGCCUUCGAAGCCUGCUGAAGCAAGGUCUGAGGCCCCGAAACCAGCUGAGGUCAAGCCUGAAGCUCCCAAGUCAACUGAAGCUAAGUUAGAGCCUCCCAAACCAGCAGAGGUUAAGCCUGAGCCUCCCAAACCAGCAGAGGUUAAGCCUAAGCCUCCCAAACCAGCAGAGGUUAAGCCUGAGCCUCCCAAACCAGCAGAGGUUAAGCCUGAGCCUGCCAAACCAGCAGAGGUUAAGCCUGAGCCUCCCAAACCAGUAGUACCGAGACAGGAACCUCCUAAACCCGAAGUUCAAACCAGAGCCCCUCUUGCGAAGCUCGCUACUCCAGCACCCCACAAAAUGCAGGAACCAACUACUCCGUUCACUCCAGGCGGAACGCCCAAGCCUGUCUUCACCAAGACCCUCAAGGGUGAUGUUGUAGAACCCGGCGAUGGCGUGACCUUCGUGUGCGAGGUCGCACACCCCGCACCCUACUUCAUCACUUGGCUCAAGGACUCCAAGCCGUUGGACGACAAGCUGGCCGACCGUGUCCAGCAGACGGACGCAGGGGCCAAGCACGCCCUCAAGAUGACCGACGAAGGCUGCAAACAUACACUUCAGGUGCUCAACUGCCGCGUCGAGGACUCUGGCAUAUAUACGGCCAAAGCGACGGACGAGAACGGCGUUUGGUCCACGUGCUCGGCCCAGCUCCUCGUUCAAGAGCUGACGGAGGAAGAGCGCGCCCGCCGCAUCGCCGAGAAAUCUCCGUUCUUCAUGGUCCGCAUGAAGCCUACACAAGUCAUCGAGAACACCAACCUGUCCUACACCAUCCACGUCAAGGGCGACCCCAUGCCUAAUGUAACCUUCUUCAAGGACGAUAAGGAGAUGAAGGAGGACGCACGCGUCACCAUUCACCGCGACGCCGCAGUCGGUCACUAUGAGUUGCUCAUCACUCACGUCCAGCGAGAGGACGAAGGAACCUACAAGUGUGUUGCAACAAACAAGUUCGGAAAGGCCGAGUGUGAGGCCUCCAUGACGGUGACCGAUGAGGAAAUGCUGUACGAAAGUCUCAGCGGCAAGGGAUCUCUGCUCGCAAAGGGAGAAAAAGCAGAGUUCAAGUGGUUCCGCGAUGGAGUUGAAUUCGACCCUCACGAGAGGUUCAAUGUUAUGUUCAAGGAUGACGAAGACACCCUGGCACUGGUGUUCCAGAACGUGACUCCCGAAGACGCCGGUCUCUACACCUGCGUUGCGUCAACCUCCUGCGGCAAGAUCUCCUGCUCUGCCGAGCUCACUGUGGAAGGUUCCAUUAACCGUCUGCAGCGCGACCCAGAACCGCCAAACUUCAAGGAAGAACUCACUGAUACUCAGGUCAAUGUUGGAGGAUCAGCCAUGUUAGAGUGCAAGAUUGGCGGAUACCCCAAGCCUGAGCUCGCAUGGACCCGCAAUGGCCUGGACGUUAAGGCUGGUGGAAGGGUCAAGUUCCUCUGGGAAGACGAAGAAAGCGUCGCCCUCAUCAUCAAGAAUUGCGAGGAGAAGGACGCUGGACUCUACCGCGUCAUCGCAAAGAACGAGCUCGGAGAAGUCAGUUGCUCCGCCAAGCUGGGAAUCAAAGCCGGACCGAAGAUUGUGAGCAUGAAGAAGGAGGUAGCGUGCGUCGUCGGCCAGAAACUCGACUACCGCGUCGAAGUCGAGGGAGAGCCCACGCCCGAAAUCCGGUGGUUGAAGGAUGGCAAGCAGCUCAUGGAAAGCGAUCACAUUAAGUUUACGAAGGAAUCUGACACAGUGUUUGCCUUCAAGAUCGACAGCAUGCAGAUGGACGACUGCUGCACAUAUACGGUGGUGGCCAGCAACCCCAUGGGCCAGGUGUCCGAGUUCUUUACCAUCGCCACAGACGCAGCUCCUCAGAUCACCCGCGGCCUCGACCCCGAGAUCGAGAAGCGAUUCACCUACGACAUCGCCCUUGAAGUCCGAGGUACCGGCAGCCCCAAGCCCAUGGCCAAAUGGUACAAGAACGGGAAGGAGAUCAUGGCUGACGACAGGUUCAAGAUGGUCGUUGAUGAAUCAUUCUACAUCCUUAAGAUCCGCCGUUUGGAGAGGAAGGACAAGGGCACCUAUUGCUGCGAGCUCUCCAACUCGAGCGGAACCGCAAAGACCGAGGGUGUGCUGUCGGUGCGAGCUCCUCCAGACUUCGUCACGCCGCUUAAGGAUGCGUGCGCCAAAGAGGGAGGGAAAGACGUCAAGAUGUUCGUCGAGUGGGAAGCCAACCCAACGCCAACCGUCAAAUGGUUCUUCAACGACAAGCCCAUUCGCGAUGACACCCCCGGCUACACCCUCCGCGGGCAGGAUGCUAGCAUGGUGCUCACUAUUCACGAGGCGACGGAGGAUGUUGUGGGCACGUACACCGUCAAGGCAACUAACGAGUACGGCGAGAGCGUCUGCAAGGCCAGGUUCCGUCUGCACGAAGCUCCUGUUGUUACCGAAGGCCUCAAGGACGCAGAAUUCCUGGAAGACAGCAGUGCCAAGUUUACCUUCAAGGCAACGGGCGUUCCCACUCCCGAGAUCAAGUGGACGAAGGACGGCAAGAAGUGGAGCCCCGACAUGAACCGCGUGAAGCUCAAGCAGGAGGGCGACGACACCUUCACGCUCUACUUCGACGAGGCCAAGACCGAGGACUCGGGCCAUUACGUGGCCACGAUUUCCAACGUCGAGGGCACCGCAAGCACCGAGGCCACCAUCGUUGUCAACACUGAUGGUCGAAGUCCUAUUGCAGUCGCUAAAUAUAGCAAAGGGGCUGCUAACGAUAGCGCUAUUCAUGAGCAAACCGUGGUGGACGGUGGGUCGUUGGGUGAAGGUAAAAGUCUGACGGAAAGUGCCUCGGAGGCCUCAGAGGGAGGAAGUGAAAAUGAAAUUGUGGAUCCAAGCAAUAAAAGGAAACUAAUCACGGAAGAGCAAUUAAAAGGCAAUAUAGCUAAACGGGGAAAAAAAGAAGCCACGGAGGGGACGAUAACUGAUGACCCUAAAAUAAGUAACAAAAAGAACUCUCAAAACUGCAAGAAGGAUACCAUGGUUUAUAAAUUUACGGACGUAGAAACAGAAACAAAAAUUGAAGACGACCAGGAAAAGACAGUGUCGAAAUCUGUCGACAUGACUGUCUACGAUGAAAUCAUGCAGUUGGAGGAAGAUGACAGUGAUGAGAGCGAGGGAAACAGCACUCUCAUCGUCCAAGGCUUCCUAGAGGGUACGUCGUCCUCGGAGGUGCCUCGUGGUGGAGGGCUGCGGGUGUUGGCCUCUUGCAGCAUCCAUCGUCAAGAAAACGUCCAGAGAACUGUUAUCACCGCUGAAACAGACGUGGGAGACGAUAACGUAGCUACCUCCUCCAUUGUCCAUCUUAAACGGACAGUUGACAUUGAAAAUUACAAAGCUUUGGUAUCCGAUAGCGAGUCCGACUCUGAGUCUGAGAUGGGAACCUUCCGACCUUUGGAAAAGCAAGAUUCCAGAUGUUCUUUGCUUUUGACGAAGACGCCGAGUGCGGCCGCCGAGGAAGUGCCGCCGGCCGCGGGAGAACCCCUUGAGGCGGAGCGCGCCCGGGCGAGGCCGGAGACAGACGUGAACUGGAACGUGAUUCCAGUGAUGCGCAGUGAGCGGUGCCUGGUGGACCGUGAUGUGCCUUCGGUAGGUGAAGACGCGGACGCUGUAUCUAAGGCUCUAGAGACCAAAGCGUCUGCAGACCAGGCUAAACCUGCGAAUACUGAGGCUGCAAAUGCUUGUAGUAUUUUGGAUGAAGGGAAGCAGAAACCUGGGGAGGCGCCGGUGCCCAGGGACUCGAAAGCAAAAAGAUCGAAACACGAGAGGCUAAGUACAGGCACCCUUGACACCAGUGGAGCGCCACCCCACAUCAAGGGCAGCAACUUCAGGGACGGCAAGACUUUCAUCGCCAUGCAUAAAUUUGUGUUGGAAGUGGAAGCCACCGCAGUGCCCGAGGCGGAGGCGACCUGGUAUUUCAAUGGCAAGAAACUCUCCGUGGAGGAAGAUAGUGUUAAGUUCGCAUUCGACGGCAACAAGUAUACAAUGGAAAGGAUUGGCAGCGAUCCCGAGCACAGCGGACAGUACAAGUGUGUGCUGAAGAACAAGAUCAAGGAAGUGGAAGAGGUUGGACAGGUCACCGUCAUCGAGAAAGAAGCUCGAGUACGCCGCCCGCUCGAAGAUAUUUAUGUUAAAGAGAACACAGAUGCCACACUCAAGUGCCAGAUCGUGGGAGACCCCAUCCCCAGCGUGGAGUGGCUUCGUAACGGAAAGCCUCUGCCGCCGUCGGAGCGUUACGAGGUGUCGGAGGAGCGCAUGAAGGGCUGGCACACACUCGUCCUCAAGGAGGUCACCGAGCAGGACAAGAGCACCUUCACCGUGAAGGGCAAAAACAAGCACGGCGAGUGUGAGACCACGGCGCGGUUGGGUGUGCUGGUCCGGCCUCAGCCAGGAGAACUUCACGAUGCCACCGUCGAUUAUGGCAAGGACCUUCUCCUCAACGUUGCCAUUCAUGCCUUCCCACCUCCCAAAAUGGUUUGGACCUUGGACGGCCGCGAACUGCAGGAGGGCGACCACUACGAGUACACAAGGGACGAGGAGAAAGAAGUUUACGGUCUCCUCGUUCACUCGGCUGUCUUGGAGGACGCCGGAAAGAUCACCUUCACUGCCUCCAACGCUGCAGGUUCCGAGUCUGGGUCCUGCACCGUCAAAGUACACACCGAGAAGCCAGCCGUCGUGGCUGAUCUGGAGGACUUGAGCUUUUGCCUGGAGGACGACGCCGUGUUCACCCUGCGUGCCUCGGGCCUCCCACUCCCCGACGUCGAGUGGAAGCUGCACGACAAGGUGGUCAAGGCGGACGAGCGCCACGUCUUCACCAACCCCGAACCUGGUGUCUACUGUAUGACCAUCAAGGACGUCUGCAUGAACGAUUACGGCCCUGUGGCGGUCGUGGCCAAGAGUCUGGUGGGCGAGUGCGCGUCUGCCGCGAAGUUCUCCCAGAAGAAGAUACCGUGCGAGGUGGUUGAGGGCCUCGAGAACGUCACCAAGGGCGCUGAAGGGGAUGACGUCACCCUCACCGUCAAGAUCAGGGCUUCGCCCAGACCCAACUUCAUCUGGACGAAGGACAGCGACAACUGUGAGGCCAGCGAGAAGAUCAUAAUCGAGAUGAAGAAGACGUCGUACUGCGAGGCGACCAUAUCUCUCACUCUGGUCGAGGCCUCCUCCAUCGACUCCGGCCAGUAUCGCCUCAGGUUCCAGAACGAGCUUAACGAGGAGAGCUCAGAGACCGCACUUAUCGUCAGGCCCGAGCGCAGGAAGCCUAAGAUCACCAAGCCACCCAAGGAACUGCAAGUCUUAGAUAGGAAACGCGGCAUUUUCCAAGCCAAGGUUACUGGAUUCCCAAAGCCCGAAGUCAAGUGGAUGAAGGAUGGACGGCAGAUCUAUCCGACAGACAUCAUUGACACUGGUGUCACUGGAGAUGGAUUCCAGUACCUUGAGUUUAAAACAGUUACCAUGGAGGACGUUGGCCAAUACACAAUCUUUGCUUCCAACGAAGAGGGAACCGCUGAAGCCCAUGCUUCACUCACUGUCGUUCCUCCUCCAUCGAAGCCCGAGUUCCUCCAGAGUUUAAAAGCCAGCAAAGUUAUUCUGGGAUACCCAGUUAGGAUGGAGGUUAAGCUUGGCGGACACCCGAUGCCAGAAGUCCAGUGGUUGAAGGACGGCCAGCCUCUCAACAUCGACGGGACGCACUACAAGCAGAUCGUGGAGCCCGACGGGACGGUGAUCCUGCAGAUCGACGCGGCCACCGAGGGCGAUAUGGGAGAAAUCACGUGCGUGGCGAAGAAUCCCGAGGGCGACUCUCAAUCCUCCGCCACACUCUCUGUCCUCGGCUUCAAGCGCGAGGACGGUCAGCCCGACGGUCCUGCUGCCUUCACGGAAGGCCUCAAGGACAUGUGCUUCGACGAGGGCAUGGUGAUGCGCCUGCCCGUGGCGAUGAAGGGCGGCCCCGUUCCGAACAUGAAGUGGUACAAGGACGGCCAGGAGAUCAAACUUGACGACCGCUGCUUCUUCACCUACGACGGCGAUCGGACAUACCUUGAAGUCCGUCCUUGCAAGGGAUCCGACUCAGGAAUGUAUAAGUGCGUAAUCCAGAACAGCCAUGGAUCAGCUGAGACGGAAUGCGAAGUGUCCAUCAGGAAGUGCUACGAACCUCCAUUCUUCACCAGCACCUUUACGAGAAUGGAUAAGCUGCCUGGUAGUGAGGUUAAGAUGUCAGUGAGGUACGACGGCGUGCCCAAGCCCAAGCUCUCCUGGUUCCACAAUGGCGAGCCCAUCCUACACGACGGCGACAAGUACCGCAUCAGGAAGGAGGGCGAUGGCCAGACUCUCACGGUGAAGGAGCUCACCUACAGCGACUCUGGCAACUGGAAGGUUGUUGCUAAGAACCGCGAGGGAGAAACUGAGCACGAGGCAGAACUCAACGUUUCUGAUGACGUAGAUCCUAACAGGCGCGUGGAGGCCCCUGUGUUCAUGAAGGUGAUUGGAGACCAAGAGCUUUUCGAAGGCUACAAUGCUCUCUUCAAGGCCGUGGUGUCGGGCAAGCCAGAGCCGGAGUUCAAGUGGCUCAAGAACGGAGGGACCAUCGUGGCAUCGAACCGCGUUAUUAUGGAGCGCGAUCCCGAAGGUCUCAUUCGUCUCACCAUUAAGAGGAUCACACCAGAGGACGCCGGCCAGUACACUCUCAAGGUCUGGAACGAUUAUGGAGAAGCCAUUUGCCACGGCAAGCUCAUCUGCGAGACCUUGACCAGCAGGAAGAAGCGACCUGUGGGUGACGAGUACAAGGGCUUCGACAGGAUCAGGCGCUCCGGCGUCCCUAUGCCGCUGCCCGAGAAGCCUAUGAUCAGCGCUCUGGCAGACCGCCGCCUCACCCUCUCCUGGAUGCCUCACCUCGCCGCGCCCCAGACCAUGCCCUGCACUUACCAGGUGGAGAUGUGCGAUGCUCCCGACGGCGACUGGUUCACGGUUAGGACAGGUAUUCGCGGCUGCAGCGUUGACAUCACCAACCUCAUGCCAAAAGGCGACUACAAGUUCCGCGUCCGCGUAGCAAACAAGUAUGGCGUGUCUGAGCCAUCUCCUUACGUCGCCACCCAGAGGUUUAAACUGGAAUUGCCUCCCGUCCGCUACGAGCCACAGAUGGAUCCCAACUACGAGUACAAGGGCGAUGGACCAUACGUUCCCGAAGGCUUCAGGAUCAGCCGCGACUCUCAGGGCAACUAUUUCGCUGCCCCGAGGUUCCUCCGCCUGCCGCACAACACGCAGUAUGGCUUGAAGGGCUUCAAUGCCAACAUCAAGUGGUAUGCGUAUGGAUACCCAACCCCGAAAGUCAGGUUCAUGAAGAAUGGGCAGCCGCUUGAGGUUGGAGACAAGACGCGUUUCAAGUACAGCCAGGAGGUGACGGGUGAGAUCUGCCUCUACAUCGAUAGGAUGACCGAGGCCGAUGUGGGCACGUACGAGUGCCUGGUCCGCAACGAACAUGGCGAGUCACGACAGCGCAUCAAGAUGGACAUCUGCGAGUACCCGCGGGUGCUGGAGCCACUCGAGGAGCUCCACCUCAAGGCCAACUCCUCAGGAAAGAUUGCUUGCAGAAUCACAGGCUUCCCUCCGUGCCAAGUCCAGUGGUUCAGGGACUGGGAACCUAUUGCCUUCACUUAUAAACUCAGGCCGGCGCAGUCGGAGCCAGACUGUAUUUCCUUCAUAUCAGUGGAUGUCAAAUCAAGGAUUCUGGAUUAUACUCCGUGGCUGCUUCGAAUGUUGCGCACAGUUCACAGUUCCUGCAUGGUCCACAUCGAGGAUGACGACAUCGGCUUCUUCUGGAUGGGCCCAGGCUCCGGCCGCAGCGUGACUAUGAACAACCGCCGCGGAACACUGGAGGACCACUACGAUGUGGGAGACGAACUAGGUCGCGGAACGCAGGGUGUCGUCUAUCACUGCGUGGAACACCACACAGGUCGCAAUUUUGCUGCUAAGUCCAUGUGGGGCAAGGACCAAUUUAAGGCCUGGAUGCAGAACGAAUUCGAGAUGAUGAACGCUCUCAACUCCUGCAAGCAAAUCGUUCGUUUGUACGAUGCGUACGAAGGACCCAAGAACAUGGUCCUUGUUACAGAACUAUGUGGCGGAGGAGACCUGCUCGGAACUCUGACUCAGCAUCAGUACCUGACGGAGUACGAGGUGUGCCACUACGUCCGCCAGAUCCUGUGCGCACUCGAAUACAUGCACGACCGCUGCAUCGCCCACCUCGGCCUUAACGUUGGAGACAUCCUCCUAACGCGUCCCAAUGGCAUCGAAAUCAAGAUCGGCGACCUCUCCCUUGCCAGAAACAUCCGCAUCAGCAAGGUCGCGCCAUUGGACUACGGCAUGCCCGAGUUCGUGGCACCAGAAGUGGCAAACGGCGAGGGCGUGACAUAUGCCGCUGACAUGUGGUCUUUGGGCAUAAUCACGUACCUACUUUUGUCAGGAACCUCACCAUUCAGGGGAGAGAACGACCGCGAGACGCUGACCCGAGUGAAGAAGGGAGAAAUGAGCUUCGACAUGGAAGCCUUCAGGCACAUCUCGGACGAGGCCAAGGAUUUCAUCGCCAAGCUCCUGCUGUUCAAGCCUGACGUGCGCAUGAACGUGAAGGACGCCCUCCUGCACCCUUGGAUCAAGAAGUGCCUCGACCCGCCAGCUGAUGCUUAUAAGAUCAACACAGACAGACUAAGGUCGUACUACGCCAAGUUUAGGGACUGGUAUAGCAACGCCUCGUGCAAGCGCUGGUUCCGCCGCCGCACCCUCGCGUCUUGCUUCACCCACCCCAGCAAGAUGGUGUAUCCCCCGGGAGAGGUGUAUACCCCACCAGAGUCGCCGGAGAGGGACAUCGUUCCCGCUGAGCCGGAGGACUACCACGUGCCUCAAAGAAAAUACUCCUAUGAGCUAGGCCUCAUCAAAAAUGAGAGUCACUACCAGAUGGGCCCUGACACCUACCUGCUUCAGCUGCGCGACGUCGACUUCCCGUGUCGCCUGCGGUCCUACAUGAAAGUAGCCACCGACCGGUCGCCCGCCUUCGCCAUGAGCAUGCGCGAAAACGACUACGACUACACUAGGAUCCCCAUAGUGCACGAACGUCGCCGCUUCACGGACGUCAUGGAUGAAGAAAUUGACGACGAGCGGAAGAGGACGGCGCUGGACCGGUACACAGCCGGGUUUGUGAGAAGCAGAAUGGAAACUUGCUCCCUCGACAUGCCGAGGAGAGUGAAGCAAGAGGUGACAAGCCGUCUCUCCAUCUACGACGAAGUGGUGGCGAGGAAGGAGGGCGCUCACUACGGUACGGCGCCCUUCCUCAGGGAGAAGCCCGAUACCUGCGCCAUCACGGACGGCUGCCCUCUCAUGCUUACUUGCGUCUUCACCGGCGACCCAGAACCUGUCGUCCAGUGGUUCAAAAAUGACAUCAUCCUGGGCGAAAAUUCGCGGGUGUCCAUCCACACUGCUAAUGGCCGCUCUACCCUCACCUACCAAGAGUGCCAUGACUAUGACGUCGGCCUCUACAAGGUAGUGGCCAGGAACACCCUGGGGCAGGCCACCCACCGAUUCAGGCUUGUCCAGGGCCACAUUCCAGGUCCCUGUGACUCCCCCGACGUGUCUGAAAAGUCAGACACCGAGGUCUUGCUUCACUGGACCCCCCCUGCGGAUGAUGGCGGCUCGCAGAUCCUGUGCUACCACGUGCAAAUGAAGCUGUCAGGUGAUACUGAAUGGCUUACGGUAAGCGCUAAUAUCGACCAUGAGUUCUUCCUGGUAAAAGGCCUGACUGAGAAUUCGAACUACCAGUUCCGAGUUGCGGCAAAGAAUUUCGUUGGUUGGGGAGAUUUCUCGGUCGGCACAUCAGCCAUCAGAACUACUGCUGGGGGAGCCCUGAAGGUGCGUACGACACGGGAGAUGCAGAUCUUGCAACAGGCAACAGAGAGUGGAAAGAUUGUAUUGCCUUUCCUGGAGAAGAAAGAACUCGAUUACAGGAAGGAGACCGACCCCGUCAAACUCAAGUCCGGGGAAAAUGCCCAGUUGCAGGUGCGAAAGUAUGACAUGAUCGCUGAGCUGAGCCGAGGCAGGUUUUCAGUGACGGCAAAGUGCAUCCGCGCCGACGACCGCCGCCACUUUGCUGCCAAGUUGCUCGAGAACUACGAUCGGGAAGACGUCGUUAGGGAGGAGUUCGAGGUGUUCAAGACGUUGCGCCACGAGAGGAUCGCGCAGCUUUACGAGGCUUACAAUGUGGGUGACGUGACAGUGUUUAUCAUGGAGCAGCUGGCAGGCUUAGACGUUCUCACGUACUUGGCCAGCAAGCGCGAAUACUCGGAGCAGCACGUAGUCACUAUUGCGAUGCAGGUUCUCGACGCCUUGUCUUACCUUCACUGGCGAGGAAUGUGCCACCUAGACCUCCAGCCCGACAACGUAGUGCUCACCACGCCCCGCCGCUGUGACGUCAAAUUAGUGGACUUCGGCAGCACCCAACGCGUCUCCAAACAGGGCUCGACAGUGCCAGUCAAUGGUCACCUUGACUUCGUAGCGCCUGAGGUUCUUGCCGAGCAGAAAGCCUUCCCUUCGAGCGACAUUUGGUCUCUCGGCGCCCUCAUCUACCUGCUUUUGUCGGGGAAGAGUGCCUUUGGCGGCGUGGACGAAGAGGACACGCACCAGAACAUCCUGCACGUGAGAUAUCGGUACGAACAUCUUGGAAGCAACACGACACAAGAGGCCAUUCGCUUCCUGAUGCUCAUCUUCAAGAGAGAUCCGAGCAAACGACCAACCUUGGACGACUGUAGGGAACACAAAUGGUUGGUGGAAAAUGACUACAUUGUUAAGAAACGAGAACGAGCUACGUUCUUAGGCAGUCAGCUAAGGGACUUUGAUCUGUCCUACCUAUUAAGGAGAGAGCAAUCACUGCCACCAAGUCCCUGCAUCUCCUCACUUAUGGCGGAAAAGAGAUUCCGGCAGCCAUCACUUACGAACCAGAGACGCAAUAAACCCAAUAAGAAAACCGGGAACAAACUCAAGUUUUAAGGUCGUGCUACUAUCUGCCAAAGAGGAUGUUUGCCCCAACUUUUUCUUCAUAUUUUUGUGUCUCUAUUCGAGAAUGUUUGAUUUCGUCUCUGAAUGCCAGUGACCUUGCUUGAGCUGAUUUACCAGCUGCAGUCACUUGCAGCAGAAGCAGAAGGAGUUUUAAUGCCGAAGCGCUUCCAGCAGAGACACAUUUUCACGGACUGACUAUAUUACCUCUGGGAAGACUUGGCAUAGUUUCCGAUCAUUUGGUGGCAAUAUAUGAUCGACUUUAAUUCUUGAAAAACUGCAUAUGAUUACUUUCUUGUUGAAAGCCAUUUCAAAUUGCAUCCUAAACAUUAUUUUGGAAGAUGCCGGUGUUCUUACGUGUAGUGAAAUUUGUGGUGUUUCAUCGCCAGCUCUGAUGUAAGAAAAUGACUAUCAUGGGUGAGAAAGUGCAAGAAUGGUUGGCCUUUCUGAUUUUAUUUGAAUAUUCUUUGUUUAUUUUCAGAUAUAGAAUAAAUGAGAGAACAAGUAGGAGAUACUUACUAUGUUAUGUGCUAAAAGUAUGUGAUCUUGCAAAUUAUAUGUAAUAUAUAAGUAUUUGAUUUUUUUGUGUGUGUGUUCACGCAAUACACUUUCUUUGCCAUCCUA